GGCCUGCUCUCGUCGUGUGCUCAGCAGCCAUGGACCUGGCCGUGUCUCAACGUCGCCACAACCCUGUGGACAGCAUCUGCCGCAAGCUGAAGACCAUCCAGCGUCGUGACCAGGAGCUGGACUCCUCGUCCCCGCUCCACAUCCCGCGCUUCCAGUCCAGCAGCUACGACAGUCCGCAGCCGGGUCUCCGCUGCAACCUGGAGGCCAUCUUGAAGAAGCGCGCCAUGCGCCACCCCGACCACCCAGACACACCCGCCAACGCCCACGCCGCGCUCCUCUCCACCUCCUCCUCUUCCACCACCUCCUCCUUCUCCUCAUCCCAUAACAACACCACCUCCUCCUCCAACUCGGUCUACUCCAAUAGCACCUUCACGGCUACCAUCAUGGGGUCGUCCUCCAUCAACUCCUCCCUGUCCUCCACCCUAAUUGGCACCGCCGCGGGUGGUGGCGGUGGUGGUGCUGGGGGCGGUUCUGGGAUGGCGUCCCCUAACGUCACCCCUGGGAGGCCUCAAGGUCGUCGGGUGACCCUCGGAGCAAGUGGUGACAGUGGAGGAGGUUUCCGCGGAGGAGUGGCAUCGUCGUCCCCUCUCGCCACCCCGCGGCGAGCUACGCCCAACGCCACCUACACCAUCACCAGCACCAUGCUGGAGCGCCGAGCUGGGGGCGGUGGAGGAGGUGGUGGUGGAGGUGGUUCCUUCGCCUCGUCCGCAACAGGCACCCCAACCCACACGGGGGCCCAGAGGAGAGGAGGGGGAAUUUGGGGGGGUGGUGGCGGCAGCUGGCAGAGGACCUGCUCCACCCCCGCCCCCUCCGCACCACCCUCGGAGAGGGACGGCUACUUUACGUUCGGACGCGACACCCCCUAUGGGGGACUGGAUGGGGAGGAGACGCCUCGCACUGAUGGAGGAGGAGGUGGUGGAGGAGGUGGAAGACGAGAAGAGGAGGAGGAGGAGGAGGAGGAGAGGGACCGGGUCAGGAGCCCUACUCACUGCCUCCUCUCCUACAACCUGAACUUCUGCUCCUCGGACGCCUCCACCAUACUGGAGCCGGAGCUGGCCUACCCUGCACUGGUGGUCAAGAGACUCUCCCUGGGGGACGGUGCCUUGUCCUCUGAGGCCAGGAAGGAGAACUUGACGGAGGUGAGCCUGCUGUGUGAGGAGGACCUGCUCGACACCAUCUUCCACGCCUGCGACACGCAGCGCAGAGGUAAAGUGUACGUGUCCCGCAUCGUGGACUACCUUCGCCACACUACCAGUCGUACCUCUGAGGACAGCGGCCUGGAGGACCUGUGCAACAUGCUGGACCCCGAACGCAAGGACAUCUCCAUAGACCUGGACACCUACCAUGCAGUCAUGAAGGAAUGGAUAGACGACUGCAGAAAUCAAGAUGAUGACACAGCACAGAAUAUCGCACAGGAGUCUGUGAAGGCUCUGGACAGUUUGGCAGCGAGGAGAUCAGUGCUGUUGAACAUGACUUCAGGCAGUCUGGAGGCGAUCGGAGGGGAGACCUCCAGGAAUGACCUGGAGACGUCUGACCUGAUCUACUGCGUGGCGGACCUCCAGUGCACCAAUCAGAAGCUUCAGGAGGAGAUGAGGAAACUGAAGCAGACCAUGGAGAUGAUGGACGACAACAACCAGAAACUAGUGGAGGAGAACCAGGAGCUCAAAACACAGGCCAAGAUGGGGCAGCAGCUGCUGCAGCGUGAGAAGCUCCUGAAGGAGGAAAUGGAGGAGAUGAAGGUGACCCUCAACUCAGUGGAGGAGGCUCGCACCCGAGCCACACACCAGACCAAACACAUGGAGCGGGAGAACCAGGCUCUCAUCUCCAAGAUCACUGCACUUCAGGAAGAGAACAUCCGUGCUGCUGUGGAGAUGGACGACCUUCAGAAGAAGAUGGGGGAGCUGUGUGACAUCAAUGCUGACCUCCAGGUGAAGGUCCAUUCAUUUGAUGGCGUCUUGAGGGAAAAGGAUUCUGUAAUAUUUGAGAGGAAUCGGGAGAUUGAGGACCUGAAGACUGCCGUGGUGGAGUACUGCUCUGUUACUGAGAUAUUGAGAGCAGACAAGACGAAGCUGGAAAAUCAGAUGCAGCUGAUGCACCCCGAUAUUACUGCUUCCGGUCUCUCCCUGUCUGUGGCGUACCGGCUCAACCAGACCAGCCUGGGAUCCCUGCAGACAGAGCUGGCACUCGCACAGAGCCCUUUGGAGGGUGGUGAGCGUUUCUCCUCCUCCAUGUGUGUGGCGUCUCCUCUGGAUGAGACUCUGGACAGGGAGGUGCUGCUCCUGAUGCAGGGCCCCACUCCUGAACAGCAGAGCAUGGAACACAGGGCACUCAUACGCACACUGAGGAAGGAGUUCCAGGAGCACACCUACACGGUCCAAUCAGCACUCAGGAACCUGGGGGGCAAACAAGACGGACAGGAGGUUUCCACCAGUAAGAAGCUUCAGGUGGAGCUAGAGCAGCGUCGUCGUGACUGGGCCCAGACUCUGGACCAGGUGCAGCAGUAUACGGACUCUCUGGAGAAGGAGCUGUUGAAGAUGGCCAGCAACAUGCGCCGCUCACGCACAGAGAUCCUGCACCUGUCCGUCAGGGUCCAGGAGCAGGAGAACCAGAAGCAGCAGCUGAAGGAUGAACUGGACACUCUGAAGACACCUCAAGACAGCAGAGAGGCCAGCUGCCAAACCCCCGACGUACCACAGGUGGAUGACGAUCCGGACGGUCCUUCGUUAGAGUGGGAGGAGGAGUACGCCAUCCCAGAAUCCCCUCUGCCUCCAGGGCUCUGUCGGCCCGGCAACGGGGUCCUGCUGCUCGGAGCAGGAAGUCACUCGACUCCCGACGCUAAGGAUGCUACGUCGCUAGGAGACCACCCGUCGCCGGGCGCUAAAGAGGCGUCGCUAGAAGGAGGACAGCCGUCGCCGGUCGUCAAGGAGGCGCAAGGAGAGGAGACGCGGCGAGAGGAGGAGCAGAGGGGGGGACAGCUGGACUCUGGAGUGGAGGAGGAGGAGACGACGCAGGGGGAGAGUUCGGAGGCGUCCGAGAGGGGUCGCGACCCCAACACCUCCACAGGAGCCGCAGGUCCACAAAGGGAAGCCGUGUCAACAGCCAGCCAAUCACAGGAAGGGGCCGGUAUCCCAGCAUGCACUGGGCUUGCGGACGCCCACCGGCAGCCGGCCGCAUGUGCUGAGCAGAGCGAACACCAAGAGGCUCCUCAUCCUCCCACACACACUCCUGCAGCUGGUCCUGUGCCCUCUGAAAACAGUAAGGUCAUUCCAUCCUCCCCCACGCAAGGCAACAUGGUAUCUCCCAACAACACGCCUGCGGAGGUGGACCAGGCCACUUCUCAGUCCCCCAGGUGUGGGGAGGCCUCUUCACCGGGUGACCCCAACGCUACACCAGAGGAGCAGCAGCAGCAGGGGGACACCAUGAACCACAACGACUCCCAGAAGCUGGGCUCUCAGCUGUCUCCUGACUCUGGCGGUGCACUGGAGAGUCACAGGUCCAGUCUGCUGCCCGUUGCAGAAGAGGAGGAGACACUGUUGGAGUCUUCAGUUGAUGCUGUCGACAUGGCGACAGGUACACAUACGGAAUCUUCAGACGUCACCACGGCUACGGACGAUGGAAACAGCCGUUCAGCUGACUCGGCGAAUCAGGUCGUCCCCAAGGGCGGCGGUGACAUCACCACCAGCGACGCAGGCGCAGGCCAGUCACCAACAGGGGGCGAGAGAGGCGCACACAAGAAGGAGUUGGAAGCGUGUGUGUGUGUGAGACAGAACAUGUGUGAGAUAUCGUGUGUGUGUGUGUUGACAUGCAUGCCGGAGUUCAAUAGGCGAUGGUAUCUGGAUGACCCAUCAGAGAAGACUCCUACCUGCAGCCUCGCUGUUUCCGUGUGUGUGUGUGUGGAUGUGCAUGUGUGUGUGUAUAAGAUGCAAAGGUCUCGUCAGGAGUGCACCUCAGGCUCUGUAUUCCUUCCUCAGGAGAAGGAGCAGAGUAUGGAGUCUCAGGAGGGUCAAAAGGCACAGGAGGACAGCGAGACCUCCGCCGCAGACAAGGAAGUCUCGACCUCCGCUCUGUCCGAGGAUACCAGUGAACAGGAGGACAGGCGAAACAGCUUCAGCCUGUCUGCCAGCGAGAAGGAAGUGGAGACGGAGUUCCAUCGCCUGUCUCUGAGCUUCAAGUGUGACAUGUACACCCUGGAGAAGAGGCUGAGGCUGGAGGAGAGGUCACGUGACCUGGCAGAGGAGAAUGUACGCAAGGAGGUCGCCAGCUGCCAAGGACUGCUACAGGCCCUGAGUCCACUGUGUGAGGACGACAGCCAAUCAGUGGAGAUCAUCCAGAGACUACAGAAGAACCUGGACAUCCUUAUCCAGUCCAUGGUCCGGGUGUCAAGCAGAUCGGAAACACUAGGAGCAAUACACCAGGAGAGUCGCGUGGGCAAGGCGGUGGAGGUGAUGAUCCAGCAUGUGGAGAACUUGAGGAGAACCUACACCAAGGAGCACGCAGAACUGGUGGAGCUACGGGAGUCAGUAUCCAACAGCGAGCGGUCGUUUGGUACACACAGCGACAGAGAUGACAUGUCGAGGCUUAAGAAGCAGUCUGGAUCACAAUACUACAAGCCGUCCUCAUCACGCCGGGUCAGCAUCGCCGUCAUGUCUAAAUCUCCGGAUUCUGGCGAUGGAGAGAACGGCAGGAGACAGCCAUGGAAAGGUGGAGGUGGGGGCCAGCGUCCGCCCCUGAAGCGCUUCGUGAGUUCCGGGGGCUGGCCCGAUGGCGAGGGGCCGCGGAACAACAUGGAGGACUCCUCUUCCCCCUCCUACCCCAAUCGGUUUGCGUACGACACAGACUCCCACUCGGAGGAGGAGCGGCGUGAAGAGCAGCCGGUGGUGGUGGAGAGGAGGAAGUCCAGCCUGACUGAGCUUGGCAACAAGCUCACCUCCCUUAUACUGCCACUCAAGAUGCAAAGCCAGUCCUCAAGCCCAACCAAAGACCAGUCGCCGCCUCCCUCCGCACACAACACGCCCGAGCCUCAUCGCACCUCCAUCUCCUCCACCUCCUCCUCAACUCACCCCUCCUCCUCCACCUCCUCCUCCUCCUCCACCUCCUCCUGGUCCUCCUACCUCCCGUCCUGGCGCCCGGGGCUGGGUCUGGGCGUGGGUCUUCAGGGUGUGGGCGUGCCUGGACGUGGUGUGUGGAUGUGGGCAUUGGCCCUGGUGGUGCUGGCGUGCCUGCUGGCCGUGCUGGCCAGCCUGGUGCUGCAGCCGGCGGCCGACGCGGCUCCCGUGGGCACGGGGGACUCCUGGAUGACCAUCCAGCAGCUGCUCUGGCCCUACACCAGCCUGCGGCACAACGGGCAGCCGCCCGUCUGACCCCCCCCCC